CCUCCGAAGGGCUCAUUCAAACGGAAAAAUGUCGCUAUCACAAGCGAUGAAUCACCCACACCUCCAGUAGUCUCUCUUGUAGAACAAUUUUCCUACAUGAACAAGCCAAGACCGUUCAAGAACCCGAACUAUACUAAGAAUGCUAGCCGUAGGACUAAAAACCUAAAGGCAGUCCUCACGCAGGAACGUGAACGAGAACGGCAGGAACGAGAACGAAGACGACAACAGAAGGAAGAGAGCAUGGAUAUCGAUGGCGAACAGGUUGAUGGUACUUCUGAUGAAGACAUGCCUACGUAUUCAUCGAUAGAGGCGCCACCUUCGGUGCUGCCUCAGAAGCGGUACUGUGACAUUACAGGCCUUGAAGGACCCUACACAGAUCCAGCCACUGGUCUGCGGUAUCACGAUAAGAGUGUCUACGAGUUGGUCAAGGGCCUCAGUGCUACCGCAGCGAAGGAUUAUCUCGCUGCCAGAGGUGUGAACCCAAUUGUCAGAUGA